UUGCAUUGUUUAGAAGAAAAACAAAAACAUGAACACUCCAAAAACAAUCAUUCUUCUUCUGCUUAUGCUUAUCGCCAUCUCCUUAACGAUCAUCUUCACGUUGAUACUUCAACCACAAACUAUGUUUCUAGGAGAAGAAUUCGACGUGCGUGUGAUCAACAGCUUCAGAGACAACUCUUCUCUCCCUCUAGUGAUUUGGUGCACUUCCCCGCAAGGAGAUCUCGGUGGUCGUGCGCUUCAAGAAGGAGACGACUUCGAAUGGACGGCCAAGAUCGAUUUGUGGUCGUGGAUGGCAGAGUACACAUGUACAAUGAAAUGGAAUUCGAAGAGGAAGAGGUUCGAGGCGUUUAAGGUUUCUAGAGACAGCAAUAGAUGUGGAUCUACUAAGAAGUGUUCUUGGUCCGUUAGAGAAGAUGGAUUUUAUUUUAGUAGUGAUGAGGUUUAUUGGACCAAAGAUUUUUCUUGGUUAUAAUUUUUUUUUUUUUUCUUGGACCAAAGAUCAUUGAUGUAGCCAAAAAUAGUGUAAUUAAAAACAAGUACAAUAGGAAUCUCCUUGAAAAUGAUCGUACGUGAGAAUGUGGUUUGUAUGAAAUGAUGAAUUGAAAACAUAGGGAAAUUGGAAAUC